CUGCGGAGGCCAGAGGUUUUAAGUAGAGACAGAACAUCUCCUCAACUGCAAACUGGCUGCAGUCUUUGGCUGUCAUCUAGUGCUGUUGCUUUUACUUCCCUCAAGUUGCUAACCAUGCUGAAGAAGUUCCUGUUCACCUCGACCUUGUUAGGUUUGGUGCUGGCUUUCCCAAGAGAAAUACCAGAUACAGUCACUUCUUACAGUGAUGACACAACAGCAAGUCCUUCUGAUUUCACCACUUCCUACAUAGUGGAAACAACAUCACAGACAAAUGAUUUCACCAGAUUUUCUACUGAAGAGGCAACAGCAGAAACAGUUGACUUCACCACUUCUUACAUUGAGGAGACAAUGGCAGAGCCAAAGGAUAUAACCCCUUUUUAUACUGAAAACUCAACCUUAGAGGCUACAGAGGACCCUGUAACCAGUCUGAGUGGAGAAUACAAGACUGGAUCUGCUGAACCUACCACUUUUGUGACUGGAGAAGAGUUCAAGGAAUCUAGCACCAGUGGGAGUGGAGAUCUGUGGAGUGAGUACCUUGAAGCCAGCACCCUCACAAAUGAAGCCUAUCCAACUGGAACAGCCAAUGAAUCUAGGACCAUCUCCACUGAACUAUAUACGCUGGAUGGACCAUCUGAACUCAGCACCAGUUUGAAUGGAGACUCUGUGACUGAGGGACCACAGGGCUCCAGUAACACCCAGGAUAAUGUGGGAAGUGACCAGCCCUAAUAUGAUACACAAAUAAAUCCAGACUGAAGAGGCAUAACCCACCUUCCAGUGACAUCAGCUUUAUCACAGAAACAUUUGAGUCUUUUAGAACUACAUAGCAUUUAACAUUAGUUUUGUAGGCUAUUGUUGUUAAA